AUAGUGUAUGUGUAUUAUUUAACUUCACUUUAUCCAAUACACAUUCAUUCAUCUGGAGAAAGCAAUGGCGUUCUCCGGUUUACUCUCUCGUUUGCGCCCUUCUUCCAAACCCAUCAGAUUCAUUCACAACUUCAUCAAACACACACCCAAAUCUCAAUCACCAAUUCUUGACAGCACCAUUCUUAACAAUCACAACAACAACAACUAUCAAUCAUGGAGGACUUUCUUGCUUCCCAUUAUCCUCGGGGGCUCACUUGCGAUUCACUUUCAGAAAAACCCAUCUUUAUGUGAUGCCCCUAAUCUCCAAGAAACAGGUGGGCGAAUUGGGGGCAAAGAUAGCACAGAGCUUGUUGUGAAGGGCAGUUAUAAGCCAGUCCCAUCUGAGCUUAUUCAUGAACUCAAGGCCAUAUGUCAAGAUAACAUGACUCUAGAUCAUGAUGAGAGAUACUUCCAUGGGAAACCACAGUACAGUUUUCACAAAGCAGUCAAUAUCCCUGACGUUGUUGUGUUUCCGAGGUCUGAAGACGAGGUGUCUAAGAUUGUCCAAGCUUGUAACAAGUAUAAGGUCCCUAUUGUACCGUAUGGUGGAGCUACAUCAAUUGAAGGUCACACUUUAUCUCCUAACGGAGGUGUUUGCAUUGACAUGACCUUAAUGAAAAAUGUUAAAGCACUUCAUGUUAAGGACAUGGACGUCGUUGUCGAGCCUGGGAUUGGAUGGAUGGAGCUUAAUGAAUACUUAGCACCUUAUGGUCUAUUCUUUCCUCUUGACCCCGGACCUGGAGCAACCAUUGGAGGGAUGUGCGGGACGCGUUGUUCUGGUUCAUUAGCUGUUAGGUACGGAACCAUGCGUGACAAUGUCAUAAAUCUUAAGGCUGUUUUAGCAGACGGAGAGGUUGUCAAGACAGCAUCUCGUGCUAGAAAAAGUGCUGCUGGGUAUGAUCUUACUCGGCUGAUGAUUGGCAGUGAAGGCACUUUAGGUGUAAUAACAGAAGUUACACUGCGCCUACAGAAGAUUCCAGAACAUUCCAUUGUUGCAAUGUGCAAUUUUCCUACCAUCAAAGAUGCAGCUGAUGUGGCAAUAGCAGCAAUGUUGUCUGGCAUUCAGGUGUCAAGAGUGGAGCUGUUAGAUGAGGUUCAAGUUAAGGCUAUUAAUCUUGCUAAUGGAAAAGAUUUGCCCGAGUUUCCAACUUUAAUGUUUGAAUUAAUCGGCACCGAAGCAUAUACACGUGAGCAGACACACAUAGUUCAGAAGAUUGCAUCCGAGCAUAACGGCUCAGAUUUUGUUUUUGCAGAAGAUAAAGAUGCUAAAAAGGAACUUUGGAAGAUAAGGAAAGAAGCUCUUUAUGCCUGUUUAGCAAUGGCACCUAAUUGUGAAGCAAUGACAACGGAUGUAUGUGUACCCUUAUCACAUCUGGCUGAACUAAUUUCUAAAUCUAAACAAGAACUAGACGCUUCACCUCUGCUAGGCACGGUUAUCGCUCAUGCCGGUGACGGUAACUUUCACACCGUAAUUUUAUUCAAUCCCGAAGACGAAGAACAACGUAAGGAGGCUGAAAGAUUAAACAACUUCAUGGUUCACGCUGCAUUAUCAAUGGAGGGUACAUGUACCGGAGAACACGGCGUUGGUACAGGGAAACUGAAAUAUCUUGAAAAAGAACUUGGAACAGCGAAUUUGAGGACGAUGAGAAAGAUAAAGGCGGCUUUGGAUCCCAAUGGCAUCAUGAAUCCUGGAAAGCUUAUUCCACCUCAUGUUUGCUUGUAAUCAAGAUGUCUUUUAGUGUUGUACUGUUGUAACAAAAACAUAUGUAUAAUCAAACUGAUUAGAAAGAUAUGGUUAACAAUAAAUACAACUAUAGUUUUUAUUUAUGUUU